GAUCAGCGAUUACUUGCCGCAGCUAGAGAAGACAACGAGGAGUUGUUGUUAGAAGUCUUCGAGGCCGGGGAUUUCGAUAUCAAUUUUCAAGAUGGAGUGGGCAAUACAGCUUUACAUAUCGCCGUACAGAACGGCUCCGUGGACGUCUUAGAACACAUACUUUCCCAUGAAGCCUGCGACGUAGACCCCAUCAACCGUAUCAAUCGCGCGACUCCUCUUCACCUAGCGUGUCAAUUGGAGGACGACGGUGCACGCUCGUAUAUGGUUGAAUCCCUUUUAGAAGCUGGCGCGGAUACCAAGAUACGCGACAAAAGGGGCGAGCUAGCGGAAUCUUUCGUUCCACCAACCGACGAGGAGACGAGGAAGCUGUUCAGAAAGGCGCGGGCGCAGAUCAUGACAGUAUCAAAGGACGAUAUAGCUAACGACGAUGGGGAAGAAGGAUCGGGCUCGGGUUCAGAUGAAGAUUAA